AUGAAAGAAUGAACUCUUCUGCUUAAAGAUUCACUUCUAUUGUGUGUGAUCAUGAAUUGUUUCUGAAAAUGCGGUAAAAGGUGUUAAAUGGGAACAUUUCCUUCAUUUUUACGUCCAAGCAAGUCUUCUUUGGUUUGUCUUGGACUCAACUCUAUUAUUUCUGUUUUCUCAAGUUAUCCACUUUUUUAUGGACACAAUGCUUUUUUGCCAACAAAAGUCUCCCUCUUGAUGAUUGUGUGUGGUAUAUGUGAUUUCGUUUUUAUUUCUUUUUUUCUUGUAAGGGAUAACGAAAACUAGAAACGAAUUAACUCAAUUUCUGGCAAAUUUGUAUUCUUUUACUUUAUAGAAACAAGAGUGUGACCGAAAUUCUUAGAUCCUCAAGCUGCACUAAAAAAUUAUGAAAUCUCACAGAACCCUGUUUCUCUAUCUCACUCAUUCCGGUGAAAGUAUUGUAUCCUGAUGCUUAAAAGUUUGUGACUUUGUUGAUGGAUUUAAUGUGGACGCUGAUAAAUGCUGUAUAUGCUUUUUACAUAUUUGAGAGGCUGUGAUUAUGAUUGUGUAGCAAAAAUUAUUUUUGUCCCCCCUUCAUCUAUAGGUGGCUUAGUAUUCAAUGUGCUGCCAAUAGUUUGAUAAAUUUGUUUCCUAAGCCUAAACUCUGAUCCUUAAGGAAUGAACCAUUUAACUUUAAAUAUGAUGAUCACUGUUUCAUCCCUGCAAGUGUGAAUAUGAGUUUGUGAUGGUUGGUUUUCUAAUACUUUGCAUUACUGUGGAGAUAGAUAUUGUUGAAAUCUGUUGGUGAUGGAUUGCUCUGAUCAUGCAAGUAAAAUGGCAAAAUCCGCUACAGGGAGUAGUGCUAUCCGGAGGAGGCCUCGGGUACUACUUGCUGCUUGUGGAAGUGUUGCUGCUGUAAAGUUUGGACAUGUUUGCCGUUGUUUUGCAGAAUGGGCAGAAGUGAGGGCAGUUGUCACAAAAUCAUCCUUGCGUUUUAUUUCUGUACAAACAUUUCCUAAGGAGAUUCAUGUAUUUUGGGAUGAUAAUGAAUGGAACACUUGGAAAAGGAUAGGUGAUCGUGUGGUUCAUAUUGAGCUUAUUAGAUGGGCUGAAAUCAUGGUCAUUGCUCCAUUGUCAGCUAAUACUCUUGGUAAGAUAGCGGGAGGGUUAUGUGACAAUCUUCUGACAUGUAUUGUGAGAGCAUGGGACUACAGGAAGCCACUUUUUGUGGCACCAUCCAUGAACUCUAUCAUGUGGAAAAACCCUUUCACAGAACGGCAUUGCAUUACCAUUGAUGAGCUUGGGAUCUCUCUCAUCCCACCUGUCGCACAUAGGGGAGCUAAUGGGGAUAUUGAGCAUGGAGCAAUGGCUGAACCUUCUACCAUUUACUCAACUGUGAGGCUUUAUUAUGAAUUAAAGAUGCAGUAAAAGGUGUAGGUAACCAGGACCAACAGUUUUGACCAUUAUGGUGUAAGUAUGGAUUUUUGGUUUUGUCAGAAAUCUUGACUCUUUUUGAUCUUUUAUCAUUUGAGUUAAGUAUUUGAAUAUACUGUGAUCAUAUUUGAUUUGGUCAUAUAGUUUCAUUGAGCAGUGCAGUGCCUCUUACUCUGUAGUAAGUAAUAAGACCCCUAUUAUUGAAGUAAAAUUUGAUAUGAAUUUCUUAAAA